AUGAUGGCGAUGAUGAUGACUGGCCGUGUGCUGCUGCUGGUGUGUGCCCUCUGCGUGUUUUGUUGCGGUGUUGGGCUGACCAAUGGCGAUACAGCUAUGGAAAUGAGAAUUGAAGAGAACCCCCAGAGUACAGUGCCUGAUCCUGCUGUUGGUAACGCUAAAGAACAGGCAACGCAAGAUUUAGUCAUGGAAGGUCCCGAAAACGGUGAUCCGUCUUUGGCUGCACAAACAGGAAAUAACACCAAACAGCAAAAGGUUGUGGUUGAAACACCACCAUUAAUCCCUGUCAGAACGGAAGAAGAAGAGGAGGAAGAAGUGAAAACAGAAGAAAGUGAGGAACCUAGAAGUUUAAGUGAAGGCAGAGAAAAAUCAAAAUUAUCAUCGAUGCCAGAAGGAGAAAGACCUCCUCCUCCUCCUCCUCCUCCGGGAACACCAUCACCACUGAUUCUAAAUGGAAACUCAGCAGGAAACACAAAUGAAAAUUCAGUGGAAGAAAUUCCCAGUUUUGAUGGUGGAUUUACCCAGGGACAAGGACUCAAAUCACCGGCAGCAGAAUCAGCACCAGCAGCAACGCCACAAGUAAAAAAUGAAGACCCCGGCUCUGCAGAUGUCGUUUCAGUGCAACAGGUACAGAAAGCUCAAAGCGGCCCGGAGUCAGGGAGUGAGUCAAGAAAAGAAGACGGCGUUCUCACCACGAACAAACAACAGGAUGGAACAUCUGACAGCCAUGCCGAAUCAACUCCAACAUCACGCUCAUCAGCAAAAAGUGUUGCCGCCAGUAAUGGCCCUGACAAGGCUACUGAAGAGGAGAUUUCCAAUAAAAAUACAGCACGUGUUGAUGAAGUACCGGAAGCAGCACAAGAAGACGGAAAUAAAGAUGACAAUACAAAAGAAACACCAAUAAAAACCACAGCUAUUGCAAAUGGUACGGCUCCAACUGGCGACAGUGACGGCAGCACCGCUGUCUCCCACACCACCUCCCCUCUUUUGCUUCUUGUUGUUGCGUGUGCGGCUGCUGCUGCGGUGGUGGCCGCGUGA